GGCAACGCGCAGGGUUUGAGGAUGUCACACUUAUCGUGAUAUUUGUGUUUUGUUGACUGAAGUUCCUAAUUAUUGUGUUGAGAUCCUACUGUUAUUUGGUAUCGUUUAUUAUGAAACCCUUGAUUGACGGUAUAAUUAGAGUGGGAUCGGAUUUGGGUUUUAUUGUUGCUUUGAUAGUCACCAAUACCGUUCUGCAGAAUGUUGAUCCGUACAAAAGAGGAUACUUUGUUCAAGAUGAAUCAAUUAAAAAACCAUUUAGACAGAACACUAUCUCAAGUACUGUCCUUUAUGUAGUGUCCUCACUACUAAUACUGAUUACGAUAGUUGUCGGUGAAGUAAUUGUUAGUGCAAAAUCUUUAAGAAAAACUCAUCAUAGAAUACCGGUGGUUUUAUAUCCAAUUUACGAUUCCCUCAUUGUUGCUUCUUUUGGCUACUUUGCUACUAUCGGUCUUACGGAUGUAGGCAAAGUCUCAUUUGGUCGUCUCCGUCCAAAUUUUCUUGAUGCAUGCAAACCUUCUGACCUUCAAACUACGAUCUUGGGUUUUGUUGGUAAUUUUACUUGUUCAUCAGACAAAUCAAGUGGCCUGAGAAAAUCUUUCCCAUCUGGACAUACCUCAAUUGCAAUAUAUACCGCUAUAUUUCUAUGUCUUUAUAUUCAACUGAGAUUUUCACAUUCUCGCAUGUAUCCGGGUGUAAGAACAUGUUUUCAAAUGAUUUAUGUCGCUCUUGGAUUAGUUGUUGGAUAUUCACGUAUUAUCGAUAAUAAACAUCAUUGGUCUGAUGUACUUGGUGGUGGACUAUUAGGAUUUUUCGUAGCACUAAGUACCCUAUAUUACUUACCGUAUGUUGGAGACACUGGAAAUUCUCUGCCUACUUACAGAGAUGAUCAAAUGACGGUACAAUAUUUUCCAAUGAAUAACUAUUCAUCUAAUGGAUCAGUCGAUUAUUUAAACUAUAAGAAAUUAGAGUGGAAUUUGAAGUACCCGAGAAUUCGGUCUUCAGUCCAACUGACAAAUCUUCACAAUAGAAGAUAACCAUGGUGACUACUUUCCUUUUUAUAAAUUCCAGAACAAACAAACAAAAAAUAGCUCAAAUAUUAUUUACCCCUUAUUUUUACUCAUCUAUUUUAUAUCUUAUGAAUGAAUAAUAAUAAUAAUAUUUUUCCAAUUUUAUUUUGAAAAACUUUUUUUCUACUUAUAUCCACCGUCUCCCCCCCUCCACCUCCACCCCUUUCUUUGUUUAUGUUUUUGUUGUCAGAUUAAUUAUGUAAAAAUGUUUAUACUACUUAAAACUGUUUUAUAAGUAGUCAUUGAUUUGGUUAUUUUGUAAACCUUUUUUUUCUUUUUAUCAAAACAAACAAACAAUAAUGAUUAUUAUUAUUAUUAUUAUUAUUAUUAUUAUUAUUAUUAUUUUAUAUUAAUCAUUAGACUUAUAUUUCUAUAUGGCAUUUGUAUUAGAAUUAAAUGGUGAAAUAUCAUUUUAUCAAAUGAGGUUAUACAUAACAAUCAUGGGGUAAGCUAGAAAAAUAAUUUCUGAGUUAGAUCAUAGUUGUAUGUUUGUGUGUGUGUGUGUUUUCUGUCUUCAUACCUAUCCAUUGGACGAUUAUCUAAUCUAUCCAUUAGUUUCUUCCUUUAACUCAAUGACUAUUAUGUAAUCUUAGUUGAUAAGAAGAGUUUUAAAUCCAUGAUAUAAUGUAAUCUUUUCUAUCCUUUUUAUAGACUUAUAUAUUUUCCAUAUAUAUAACUAUAAAUACCUUCAUUUGAACAGAUUCUUUUGACAGACAUAAUGAAAGAGAGAACCAUUCAUUCAUAUUGUACUUUAUGUUUUAUUCAAUAAAACAAUUGUAUUAACUAC